AUGAAGGGUAAAAGUAAAAAAAGUAAGAGAGAUAAACUGAUCCUCACUUUUGAUGAAGACUCUCGCAGGGACUAUUUAACGGGAUUUAGAAAACGUAAGAACAUGCGACGAAAGAAGGCUAAAGAGCAGGAGGAAAAAUUAAAGAAAGAUUGCAUUAGAAAUGCCAAACAAAAAAAGAAAAAGGAAUUGGAACAAAAACUUCAUGAGCGUGAGCAACGCAUCAAUGAAAUAAUUAAGGCUGAAGAAGAAAACGAUGACAGUACGCCUGUAACUUAUAAUUAUCCUGACCAUUUCGUUACUGUCACUACUAUUGGCGAUGUUGAUUUAAAUCCUGAUGACAAGCAGACCGCAUCGAGCGACUAUGGGCAUAAUGAAGUUUCAAAUAGGUAUUGA